AUGGGCAUCAAGCGUUUUGGAGUCCGCAUGCGAGACUAUGCUAUUCGCGAUACCUUGGGAAGCACCGAGUCACCUGCACAAGACUCGAUCGCAAUUAUCGAUGGCCCUGGCCUGGCCCACCAUGUUUUCUACCACCUAUGCGACCAACGCAAUGCCCACAUCUCAUACAAAGCCUGCGUCGAUGCUGCAAUCACCUGGCUCACGGAGCUGCAAUCCAUCGGCUACAAGAUACAAGCAAUGUUGUUCGACGGUGCCCUCCCUGCGUCGAAGAAAGAUGUCCGAAUCGGCCGACUCCAGUCAUAUACUGAUCGGUUGUGGGCCUAUAAGCAAACCAUUGGAAGCACAACGCCUACCUUCUCGGGCCAGACAUGGAAGAACCUCUCCCCGCCCCCGUUCCUGGUCUUCGCUAUCGUGGAAGAGCUACGCUUCCACGAAGACUUCGGCAAUGUGACUUUCAUGGUCCCUGGUGAAGCCGAUCCUUACUGCGUCGCUGCAGCUCAAGCUCAAGGGGAUGACUUCAACACGACCAUCUUCUCGGAUGAUGCCGAUCUGUUGGUGUAUAGACUGGGUCAAAGUACCGCAGUUGUGGCCUUUCGCGACCUUUCUAUUUCCCGGACUGACUCUGCCAUCACCUGGACGGCUGAGAAGUACCUGCCGUCGGAAAUCACCAAGCGUUCUCCGAAUCCCAUUGAUGAUCUGAUCAAGCCCGCCUACUUCAUGGAGAAGGAUGCAAACCUGCCUUUUGUUCAAGCAUGCCGCAAGCUCAAGUCAACAGAUCCCUGCACCGAGGCAGACUUUGCUAGCUUUGAAUCCGUUUUUCAGACGACCGAAGAAGUUGCGGCAUGGGCUGAGAUCAAGAAGACGUCAACAGAAGAUCGACUAUCGACAGCCAGGGACUCUAGGGUAUCAGAAAUCAUCCACCAGUUGGAGUCAUCGUCUGACGAGCAGGCAAGCGGUGGCCUGAGGAUGUAUCUCCCAUUCAUUCUCGACGACCCGUCCAAAAAGACAUCUUGGAAUAUCGGUGUCGGACUCCGUAGCUUGGCAUAUUCCCUGCUGUUGCGACAUACUGAUACGACACUCGGUGUGCAAGAAUACAGGAGAAGUGGUGUUCGCAUUGCUUCGACUCCAGUCGAGCCGCUGUCCGAAGACGAGACAGUGGAUCAGGCGAAGCAAUUAACCUCUCAUAUCGAACAGGUUGUCGCGUGGGCUGAAGAGAGCCACGGACUUUCUCAAGCAGAUGCCUGGCGCUGCCUCGUCUUUCAGCAAGUCCUGAGCGACCUUCAGGCGGAUGGAUACACGCUGCCUUCUCCGGAGGAUUCCAUUUCUAUCAUCACCCGUGACGAGCAGCCCAAAUGGCAUCUGAUACACCUUGCCGGACAACACGAAGCUGCUUUCUACUCAUUCAGAAUGAUCAAGCAGGUUGUAGCGUAUGUGCAACUGCAGACAGAGGAGGUUUCGGAUCUCAAAGGAUUGGCGCAGCAUAUGGAAAGCUUGCCAAGCAUAUCAACCUUUCUCGGAGAUGGCGAGCUGGAUAAAGAUGUCUGGCAGGCGAUCGUUCGCGAGGUGUUGUCCACAAUGGGCGAGAAGGACGAGUUGGAAGAGGAGAGGCCGCGGAAGAAAGCGAAGAGGGCGAAGAAGAGUGGCAAGUCGCAGCCUGCUGGUCUGGAGAAGAAUCCCUUUGCGAUGCUGUCGGAUGGGUGA